AUGAAUCUCUCUUCUCUUCUUUUCUUUUCUUUUCUACUUCUUGGGGUUAGCACAAGAUCUCUUAUUUAUAUAAAAAAAUUCAUAUACACAUUAGAAAAGAGUCCAAGUGUAGUACAGAGACCCUGUCCGCAUUGUCCUUACACGGAACAUCCGAAAAUUGGAUAUAAAAGAAUAGUGGCACAAGAGCAAAAUUUCAGAUACGUAGCCGUAACCGUAACUGUAGCCUUUCAAACGCAAAGUCCUAUUAAACACCUACACAGACAAGCUGAAGUAGAAAACUCUGUAGCCAAAAAAAAAAAUGAAACCAAAACCAAUGUCCAAAUGCUCGUAAAUAUACUAAAAACGGAUUUUCGCAGCAGAACAAAAUUGAACAUUUUUAUUAUUGCUAUUAUAUACAAGCAAGAGGGUAUAUAA